UGAGUUUGAUUACUAAAAAUUAAUAAUUAAAAAAUAAUAAUAAUGUCAGAAGAAUAUAUUAUCAAAUCAAAUAAACCAAUGAUUAAACCAAUCGAUAUAUCCGUCAGUGAAUAUAUAUUCAAUGGAUUAAAACAAUUCACUGAUGAAUAUCCUUGUAUUAUUAAUGGAUCAAAUGAUACAAUGAUUACGGCUAAAGAAAUGGCCACAAAAUGUCAUUCAUUAGCAAUGGCUUUGAUUGAAUUGGGAAUCAAGAAAUCAGAUAUUGUUUUGACUUUUGCUGAAAAUAGUAUCCAACACGUGAUCGCAUUGUUAGCCUCAAUAUUCUUAGGCGUAACGAUAUACCCGAUCAGUCCGAUCGCAAAUUUUUAUGAAUUGGACGGACUGUUGGAAACAUUGGGUUCACUCGUGAUAUUCACAUCCAAAACAAAAGUCGAUAUAAUUAAUACAGUGCUAAGCAAUAAAAAUAGAAAAUUUAAUAUAAAAUCAAUUAUAGUAUUAGACAGUGUUUAUGCAAACUAUAAAACAUAUGAUAGUCUACUAAAUUCUGGUCUCAACAAAAAAUUACCUAAAAUACCGUACUUUAAUAUCGAUACAAAAAAAGAUACAUUUAUUUUAUUGCAAAGUUCGGGCACUACAGGUGUUCCCAAAUCAAUGAUGAUUUCACAUUUUGCAUUUUUGUAUCAAAUAAGUGUACUUGAAUUGUUUAAAUUACUAAAACCAUACGGACAUGUCGUACCGUUUGGAUGUAUAUCAGGAUCUCAUCAAUUGUAUGGCAAUCUCUCACAAGGAAUAACUGGUGUAAUACAUCGUGAAUAUAAUGAAGACUUGAUAUUCAGAUCCAUUGAAAAGUACAAAAUUGAGAAUAUCUUCAUAACGCCGAUGUUUGCCACUAAACUCGUUUCCGGACCAUUGGUCGACAAAUAUGACACAUCGAGCUUAAGGUUUCUCUGUACCGGUGGAGCACCCGUUCCUCCACACAUAGGUCAGGCCAUUAUUAAAAGACAUAAUGUUUUUUUCAAAGAAGGAUACGGAAUGACAGAGUUUGGAGCACUGACUGAUUUCUUUAACUUAGACGACGAACCGUAUAUACCGGGAUCACUGGGAAAACCAGCUUUUAAUAGUGAAAUGAAAGUCAUUGAUAUAAAUAGUGGUCAAAGUUUAGGCCCAAACAUCGACGGAGAAAUAUGUAUAAGAGGUCCGCAAUUGUUUUCCGGAUAUCUCAACAAUCCAGAGGCUACUAAACAAGCUAUAGAUAGUGACGGUUGGUUUCAUACGGGAGAUAUCGGUCAUUACGAUGAAGAUAAACGUUUUUAUUUAACUGAUCGCCUCAAAGAACUGAUCAAAUUUGAGACAAUACAGGUGUCUCCCGUCGAAGUCGAACAGUUCCUAUCAACCCAUGAAUGUGUUGCUGAAGUAGUAGUGGUUGGUGUCAGACACGAGACACAAAAUCAAUGGGUCAGAGCUUAUAUUAAAGUCAAAGACAAUAUGAGUGUCACUGAAGCCGAAAUCAAGAAAUAUGUUUCCGAUAAUAUGAAUGACGCCAAACACUUGAGGGCUGGUGUUGUGUUUGUCGAUCACAUCCCGAGAACUACUAUUGGAAAAGUCGAUCGAAGAUAUUUCAAGAAAUUAGUCGUCAAUGAAGUGAUAAAAAAUAAUUAG